AUGCCAGGCAGGAUAUUGAUCGCCGACCUACUACUGACGGAAGAUUUCCGAGGGAAGUUCGAGGAGAGCAUGACCCCACAGCAACAGGAGACUACCGUCCGUGCCCUGAAAAAUAUGAUAGAGCGCGUGCGCCAUGGCACAGACGGGGACCUACUUAUGAUGGGUGUGAUGAAGCCGGGGGAUCUGCAGGCACAGAAGGGCAGGAGAGUGGCGGAUUGCCUCAACAUGUCUUAUUGGCAGAUGGCAUUGUUCCUCAGGUUUUCCGUCCCAACGCGCAUAGCUGAGGCGGAGCCUUAUCUGCGCAUCGUUGUGCGCGAUUUCAACGAUAUUCACCAUGGUGAAAUAAAGGACGCGCUCCCCAUGCUCUAUCUCGCCAGUUCUAUCCAGAAGGUCCUCGGAAACGAACAAGAGGCGUUGGAAAUCUUCCGCGAGGCCUUCGAUUAUUAUGAAGGUCCCAAGGGAAACCCCAUGGGGUACAAGUCGGAAUUGUGGGCGCGGGCAAACUUUGCGCGUCUGUUGAGGAAGAUGCGCAAGGUCGCCGAUGCAGAAGAGCAGGAGAAGAAGAUCAGGACCUAUAUGGUCAAUCACCCGUUCGGUGUCCCGCCGAGCGAAUACCGCAAGGUCCUCGUGGAUGAUACUGAGGAGAACAGCCUCAAGUAUACUUGGGACCAUCCUCUCGUCCGCCGAUCGCUGCGACACAUCGGAGAGAUGCCCAGUCACAUAUCGCCGAAUGUGCCAUUGCAUGAACAGAUGCAGGCCGUCGGAGGGACAGGCGAAGUUCCGAAGGUGCAUGAAAUGAGUCACGCCGCUCCUAAGAAACCUAAACGACGCCGGGGAGGACGACGCAGUUAA